GACCAGCACCAUCACUGCUUGGAAGGUUCAAAUCUCCCAGCACUACUUGGUCUUGAAGGAAAGUGAGAGGCGAAAGCAGAGGAGUGACUUUGCCCCUAGCCCGCCGCCGGCCAUGGCCUCCUACGACAAGGCCAUGGAGUCGUACAAGAAGGCCGUCACCACGGCGGCCUCCCUCGCGGCGUCCGCGAUGCUGGUGCGGGGCGUCGUCAACGAGCUGGUGCCGUACGAGGUGCGUGACCUGCUCUUCUCCGGCAUGGGCUACCUUCGCUCGCACAUGUCCUCCCAGCACACCAUCAUCAUAGAGGAGACCGAGGGGUGGGCCAACAACCAGCUCUACGACGCCGCCCGGGCGUACCUUGCGACGCGGAUCAACACCGACAUGCAGCGCCUCCGGGUCAGCCGCGUCGACGAGACCAAGAGCAUGAUGUUCAGCAUGGAGGAGGGCGAAGAGAUGGCCGAUGUCCAUGAGGGCACCGAGUUCAAGUGGCGCCUUGUCUGCCGGGACAACUCCAGCGCCAGCAGCAGCAACGCCAACGGCCGUGGCGGCAGCGGCAAUUUCAAGCUUGAGGUCCGGUCCUUCGAGAUGAGCUUCCACAGGAAGCACAAGGACAAAGCACUUACCUCCUACCUCCCUCACAUCCUCGCCGUGGCCAAGAAAAUCAAAGAGCAGAACAGGACGCUCAAGAUCUACAUGAACGAAGGUGAGUCAUGGUUUGCCAUUGAUCUCCACCACCCAUCAACCUUCAGCACGCUUGCCAUGGAUCACAAGCUCAAGCAGUCAGUCAUGGAUGAUCUCGAGAGGUUUGUCAAGAGAAAGGAAUACUACAAGAAGAUCGGCAAGGCGUGGAAACGAGGGUACCUGCUGUAUGGCCCACCUGGGACUGGCAAGUCAAGCAUGAUUGCAGCAAUGGCCAAUUACCUCAAAUUUGAUGUAUAUGAUCUUGAGCUCACUGAGGUCAACUGGAACUCAACACUUCGGAGGUUGCUCAUCGGGAUGACCAACCGGUCAAUUCUUGUCAUUGAGGACAUCGACUGCACUGUCGAGCUGCAACAGCGGGAGGAAGGUCAGGAGGGCACCAAAUCCAACCCUUCAGAGGACAAGGUGACACUAUCCGGGCUACUCAACUUCGUUGAUGGGCUUUGGUCAACAAGUGGGGAGGAGAGAAUAAUUAUCUUCACAACAAAUUACAAAGAAAGGCUCGAUCCUGCGCUUCUGCGCCCUGGCAGGAUGGACAUGCACAUUCACAUGGGGUACUGCUGCCCAGAGUCGUUUCGAAUCUUGGCCUCCAACUACCACUCUAUAGAUCACCAUGCCACAUACCCGGAGAUCGAAGAAUUGAUCAAGGAGGUCAUGGUGACUCCAGCAGAGGUCGCAGAGGUGCUCAUGAGGAAUGAAGAGACGGACGUCGCACUUGAAGGUCUUAUCCAGUUCCUCAAGAGAAAGAAAGAUGGCGCUGGCAAACAGGAAAAUGUGGACCAGGUAGCAAAGGAGGAAGAACAAGAGAAAGAGAUGAUGACAAAAAGUGAUGUUCCAGACAAUCAAGAUCAGCAAGAUGGGAGCAAAGAAUGAUGUGUAUACAGUGCGAAUAUCGUACAAUUAGUGCCAGGAACUUCGGGCAACAAUGUAUCAUUUUGCUAUAAUAAGAGAUCAAUUUUGGUAACAAUAAGAUAAUCUGGUAUUGUGAACAGUUAUACCAUUUGAAUGCAUAUUAACCCAGUUAUGAAAUGAGUAUUGGUAGCUA